UGCCAUCUACGAGGACCCAUCAUGGAGGCCAACCUGGAGCUAGUGUGAUGUGAGAAUUAUCUUUUACAAGGAUGUGAAACAAUCUCAGGUGAGGGAAGGCCUAGCAAAGAAGUCACUGGAGGCUGUGAACAGGUGGGCAGAACGUCUGUACCAUGUAUCACCUGAACACCUUCGUCAUGACGUUGGUGUGUGGCUGACCAGGACCCACCUGGGGGGUCCCUCUGGCUACGCACCCGUGUCAGGGGUCUGUGAACCCUCCAGGUCCUGUACUCUUAACAGGGAUGAGGGACUCACCUCAGCCUUCAUCAUAGCUCACGAGAUGGCUCAUGUUUUGGGACUCAGCCACGACGGUGACAGUGUAGCAGUGAAUGACUGUGAAGACGAAGGCUUCCAGGGAUCAGUGAUGGCUCCACUGGUAGCUGCCACCUUUAGCAGGUUCCACUGGUCGAAAUGUUCCAAGAGGGAGUACCAUACUAAAGCACAGGGCUGGUCUUGCUUGAUGAACAAGCCACAGUGGAAGAAUGCAACUCGUGUUGAGUCCACCAUCAAGUAUCAGUACUCUCUGGAUGACCAGUGUAGACUAGAGUUUGGUGAAGGGUAUGGUCUGUGCAGCAGUUUUGGGAUGACAGAGCCAUGUACACAUCUAUGGUGCAGUAAUACUUCUAUGCCACACCAUUGUAAAACUAAGAAGGGCCCUCCCCUUGAGGGAACCAUCUGUGCUGAACACAAGUGGUGUCGGCACGGAUUCUGUGUGGCGAUGGCCCAAGAAACGGAUGUGACGGAGGGAGAAUCACCGGUGAAACACAACCCCCAGGAUGGUGGCUGGGGUCCCUGGAGCCAGUGGGGACCAUGUUCCAGAACCUGUGGCACUGGAGUGGCCUUCAGGACCAGAGCUUGCAACCAUCCUCCUCCAGCUUGGGGUGGUCGUCGGUGCCGGGGUAAGAGAGAAGAGUGGCAGGUGUGUAGUGUGGAGGAGUGCCCACUGCCUCACCAGGACUUUAGGGCCCAGCAGUGUGCCCGCAUCACUCGCAUUGUUAAUCUAGAUCCACGUAGAGCUGCGCUCACCUGGCUCCCAUAUGAGGCUAAGAGAUAUAAAAAGAGGUGCCGUAUUUCCUGCUAUAGCCAUAGCACUAACGAGGUCUACAUCGGUCGAGAAUACGUAACAGACGGGACGCGAUGCUCUUACGACCAACCCAAUGAUAUAUGUGUUCAGGGCAAGUGUGUGCCAAUGGGAUGCGACAAUGUGAUUGGCUCUGCAAUGCAAGAAGACGACUGUGGAGUGUGUGGUGGGGAUGGUGCCACCUGCCAUCACCACAAUUUCGACUACAAUGAUGUUCCUCCACCAGACUACAGCUUGGUGGCUAUCCUGCCAGCUGGUGCACACAACAUCAUGAUUAAUGAAGAAACACCAUCUGGGAACUUCCUAGCCCUUGCUGAUAACUCCUCUGUUUUCUUCCUUAAUGGAGGCAGCAGUCAAGAACCAUCUAAAACCUUUAUCAGUGAGGGCGCCAAGUUCUUGUACAACAGCCAGGGUGAACGUGAGAGGCUACAAGCAAGAGGACCUCUUCUUGGAUCUAUCUACAUCAUGGUCCAUGGCAUGAGAGAACCAGAAUCAGUACGUAUUACAACUACCUACCUGACGCAGCUGAAGCAGGAGCACUAUCAAUGGGAGGUGGGCCCACUCACUGCCUGCUCUGUCACCUGUGGAGGCGGUGAACAACAUGAAACCUUAGUAUGCCGGGAUCGCCGCACUGAUGCUCAGGUGUUCCACAACAGCUGUCAGCACCUGCCACGCCCUUCACUCAACACUACAACCUGCAACACCUUUGGGUGUGAAGCAAAGUGGAUGACAGGUCCAUGGGAACACUGCUCCACUACUUGUGGUCCCAGUGGUGUGCAGGAGCGUGUGGUGUCAUGUGUGAGUCUUCCAGAAGCAGACACUGACAACUGGACAGCUGGGAUUGUAGAUCCAAUAAGAUGCAGUGCAGACCCCAUGCCUGAAGCACAGAGGGAGUGUCUCCGGGACCCUUGUUCAGCACAUUGGACACCAGUUGGCUGGAGCGAAUGCUCCAGCAGCUGCGGCGAAGGAGUGGAGACACGACUGUGGGAGUGUACUGGCGGAGGAGGGAACGAAGUAACGUAUGACUGUGGUCCUCGACCACACCAGGUGAGGGUGUGUAUCAAGCCUUCCUGUCCACCUGCUCCCUGUCUUCGGGAUGCUUCAGCAUUCUGCCAGCUACCAGUGUUACACAGAUACUGUCAAGUGCCGAAGUACCAUGAACUGUGCUGUCAUACAUGUGGUAAUGUAGUAUAUUAACACACGAACCCUCACUUAUUUAUGAAAUAUAUGUAGCAAGAGUAUCAGAAAAAGAGACAGCAUUAGUGCGCCCAAAAUGCCAUCUGUAUAUUAGUGUCCAUAUCUCACUGUUUAGAUGUUGGACCUACUAACACUUCCUGGUAGUUAAGUGUUUUAAAUGACAUUAUUUUGCCUGCAAAAAGUGAUAUACAUUCUACAAAACUGUAUGUGUAGGAGAAAACUCCCCCCUUCCCCCCAAGCUAAAGUCAUGCAGUGCAGUGUAUUUUGAUCUGAAGACUGAAGAAGGCAUUCUUAUCAUUGCCUUAAACCUCAUUGCUCUUCACUGCUGACGUAAUGGGCAGGACCCCCACAAAUAUUUAGUGAAGGAAUCCAUUCGUUAAGAGGUCCCCCUUACAGAAAAAUGGCACAAUAUCAUGACUGGAACAAUACAGAAAUGACUCACACAUAGGAGAGAGAGAGAGAGUAUCUUGUGAUGAUGCUUUGGUCUGACUUGGACCAUGUACAAGCCACACUGUGACUUGUAAAUGGUCCAGGUCGAACAUGUUGUCAUAAGCUUCUCUCUCCUAUGUGCGGGUUAUUUAUGUAUAGAUUUUUCCCUUCACAAAAUAGCAACUUUCAAUUACUCAACUCGUGUUCAAAUUGUCGGUGUGCUAGUUGGCCAACUAUUGCAACAUUUCAAUCAGUUUGUUGUGACAAAUGUAGCAAUAUAUAUAUUUAAAAGAGUAUGAUAGUUACUUGACUGGUGUAAGGUAUUUUUCCACUCUAGUUGGCUGAGCUGUCCACCAUAUUGUUGACCAGGUUCCUGGCUGGAUGACACCUGCAGAAUAUUAUUGACUAAGUGUUUUAUCUGCUUGAUCAAUGCAGAGUAUUGCUAGUCAGGCAGUGAGAAAGGACCAUUUGCUGUGAAACAGAGACUACUGUGGAACAGAGACUGUUUACUGUGGAACAGGAAGACUGUUUACUGUGGAGCAGAGACUGUUUACUGUGGAGCAGAGACUGUUUACUGUGGAACAGAGAGACUGAUUACUAUGGAACAGAGAGACUGAUUACUGUGGAACAGGAAGACUGUUUACUGUGGAACAGGAAGACUGUUUACUGUGGAACAGGAAGACUGUUUACUGUGGAACAGGAAGACUGUUUACUGUGGAACAGGAAGACUGUUUACUGUGGAACAGGAAGACUGUUUACCGUGGAUCCUUCAUCAUGAUGUUUAUUCCAAGGCUGGAGUUUAUCAAUACAUUAUAUAUAAAACACACAGAUAUAUGGCCUCAUAAGGCAAACAAGAAUCCUGAGGUCAGGCUCAGCAGAAAUCACAGGUGAGGUCAUAAGGAGACAGAACUCAAACAAUGUACAUCUAACAUCAAUGCUAUACAGUACCUGCAAGUUGAUUAGUAUUGAUCAGUGUACAUAUUGUUUGAGUUACACAUCUCUUGACAUCACAUCUUACCUCACUUGUGACCUCUCCUGAUCCUGACCUCUGGGUACUCGUUUGACUUAUAAGGUUGUGUAUCAGUGUGUUAUUGUAUCAGGUGCGUCUCACUUUAUGAUGGUUUGACAUACGAUAUUUUUAUUUUACAGUGGUGUGAUAUGUGCACAUUCAGUACUGUAUAGUAAUUCAAAAUCAAAGUUUUUAUUUCUUUGUGUAGUAUACAGAGUGUAGUUUACAUACAUGUUGUAAUAAAGUAUUGUUAAACACAAAGAAAGCUACUAGCAAGUGUGAGCAUUUAUUUACUUUUAAAUACUGGUAUUUAGUUACAGUAAUUAUUUGUUUAUUUGCUUAUUAGUGACAGUAGUUAUUUAUUACUUAUAUAUCCAUAUUCGACUUACGAUAUUUCCAACUUACAAUGGGUUCGUGGGAACAUAAUCCAUCGUCAGUCGAGGAGCACCUGCACUGUACUCUAUGAAGUCUGGUCCUGGAGCAAACAUGGUAAUACUAGCUUCACGGCAGUCUCUUUCUCACUACCUGUUGGCUUACACCAUUGUUCACCUAGGUUAAUUGUUUGCCCAUUGUGUCGGGUAAUUGACCCCCAUAUUCAAGGGUCGUGUAAUGUGUCAAGUGUUUGACCAAUGUCAAGUGGUUGUCAGGCACACCACAUGACCUCUUUAUUUAAUAUUCAUUUAAUAUAAAGUUUUUAAUAAUGUGUUAUGUGAUGACCAGUUGUCAGAAUGCUGUUUUGUAGGAUGAAGUUUGUCAUGCUAAGACGGAGCAGUAUGUGUCGUAUUUGUAUGAGGAAGCACUGAACCCGUAGGAGUCAAACAGUGCUUAAAGAAUGGAAGGUAAUCAGAUUUAAUCCAAAGAAAAGGUGAGUAACUCCACCUCACUGGAUCAAGAGUCUUUCACUAGCAUAAAGACACCUUCCCUUGACGGGAGUAAUGUGUGUAGUACCUUACCACUGUGUCGUUCAAUUGACAAAUGUGUUCAGUAGUUUACGUACUUUUACAUGCCUUUGGCCUCUUGUGUUGGACAUGUGGCCUCUUUAUAUUGGAUAUGUGGCCAUUAUAACCUGGUAGUUAUUAAAUACUGGGAUGGUUGAAUAAUAUGCUGUCUGGUUGAUCAAUGUUGAGUGGUUGAUUAACAUGAUCACUGUCUGGUAGUAUGUUGUUAACCAGUAUGUGUCAAUACUUGACACAGCAUGUUGGGUAGUUCCACAGUAUAUGUAUUAGGUAGUACUUGAGUAUUUUGUUGGGUAGUUUAUCAUAUGUUGGAUAGUACCACAGUAUAAACCAUACCACGGGCGGGAUUGAACCCGCGGUCAGAGAGUCUCAAAACUCCAGACCGUCGCGUUAGCCACUGGACCAGCUAGCCACAAUAAGUUUUGAGACUCUCUGACCACGGGUUCAAUCCCGCCCGUGGUAUGGUUUGUUUGCAAUCGUGUCAUUACGAUUUCGUGAGUCACGUACCACAGUAUUUUUGGUAUCUCUUAUUAAUUAAGUAAUGCCAUGGUAUGUUAUGUAGUUUCAUAGUGUGGCGAGUAUUCACAAAAUCAUAACAUGAUUGCAAACAAACUAGGGAACAGGUGGGCUUCAAACCCCACCCAUCCCCUGAUUUGCUUAUGUUAUGAUAUGUUGUGUAGUUUGUUAAUAUAACAGUUGUAGUAGUUGAUCAGGAUGUUUUAUACAGUAGGCCCUCCUGUAUCCUUGGGGAUAAGUUCCAAGACCUACCAUGGAUACUUGAAACCAUGGAUGGUAGUGAACCCUAUGUGCAAGUCAUGUUUCAUUUACAUACAUACCUACGAAGAAGUUUAAUUGAUAAAUUAUGCACAGUUAGUCGAGAAUUACACUUUUUCACUGAUGGGAAGCACUUCACGAUUUCCCUUACGAUUUGAAGAACUGUCACCAUCGCUCUUUUACACUUUAAUGCAGUUAUUACGCAAAAUUAAGGUUUUUUUCGGGCUAGGUUAAACAGCGGAUAACUGAAACCGCAAAAACUGGACCCGCGGUUAUGGCGGUCCUACUGUAUACAGUAAAGUGUGCCAAGUAGUUAGGUAGAGCAUCAGUAUGUUAGGUAGUUCAUUAGCAUAUUAAGUGACUACAUACUGUUAGUUACAUGUGUUUACCAGUAGUCAGCUAGUUCAAUACAGUAAUAUUCUAUCUCAGUUGAUCAAUAUUAAAGGCGCAGUUGAUCACUCUAUCAGGAAAUUAAACAGUAUUUCUAUUUUUACAUUGACUAGCAUGAUAGAUAGUUGAUUAGUAUGUGAGGUAAUUAGUUUGUGAGAUAAUUACUUAGUAUGUGAGGUAGUUACUUAGUAUAUGAGGUGAGUAAUAAGCAGGUGAGUAAGGUGAGUGAUGUACUCAGUGGUUGACCAGCAGUUUGUUCUUCACACUUCAUUUCCCACAAAUUAUUUAUAAAAUUAAUUUUAUACUUUCACUUGAGUUGGAGUUAAACCAAUGUUUAUUGAGUAAUUCGGUUUAUGAACGCAGGUUUCAUGUUAAACCGAUAUUGGUCAAUUAAUUUGGUUCAUAAACACAGGUUUUAUGUUGGUAAUUUCUUGUGUUUACUUCACUUAUUAACCCUUUCAGGGUCCAAGGCCCAAAUCUGGAGUCAUGCACCAGUGUCCAAGAAUUUUCAAAAAAAAAAAUUGUUAUUUUUUCUUAUGAAAUCGUAGAGAAUCUUUUUGUGAAGGUAAUAAAACAAAAAGUACGAAAUUUGGUGGAAAAUUGACGAAAUUAUGCUCUCGCGAAUUUUGAUGUGUCAGCGAUAUUUACGAAUCGGCGAUUUUGCCGACUUUGACUCCCAUUUUAGGCCAAUUACAUUAUUCCAAUCAACCAAAUUCUUAGCUAUUUCACUAGUAUUACUUCUAUUCUAUCGAUUGAGCACAAGAAAUCGCCAAGUCAACUGUUUCAACUACAAAAUAAAGUGAUCGGAAAUUGUUAAUUUGGCCAAUUUAACACAAAGUUCAAAAUAUUCCAGUUUCAAAAUAGGGUCCAGAAUGAACAAUGUAGGCAUUCCUGGCACUAAACUAACAUUUCCUCUGUUCAUUAGUUAUGUUUUGAGGCUUUACAAAUAAAUUCCAUUUUGAUUUUUUA